AUGGUGCAGUGGGGAGGGGGGAGGUGGUGGGGGGAGGGCGAAGUGGGGAGGGGGGAGGUGGACGGGGGAGGGCGAAGUGGGGAGGGGGGAGGGCGCAGUGGGGAGGGGGGAGGUGGUGGGGGGAGGGCGCAGUGGGGAGGGGGGAGGUGGUGGGCAGAGGGCGCAGUGGGGAGAAGGGAAGGUGGGAGGGGAGGGCGCAGUGGGGAGGGUGGAGGGUCGGGGAGCGGAGGGCGCAGUGAGGACGGGGGAGGGUGGGGAGGGGAAGGCGCAGUGGGAAGGGGGAAGGUCGCGGCGCUGCCCGUCGCCGCGUCAGACGUGGGUGCAUGUUUGCCCUCGCCCCCACACCUCUCCGCUUAUCCGCCACCAUCCCCCCUUCCUGCCCACCACAUCCUCUCUGCCCGCUCUCUCCUGCCAGCUUUCCCCCACCCGCUUCCCCGUCUCUAUCCGCCCUAUCUGCCACCCUUCACCUCCCCUCUCCCCGCAUUGUCCGACCCUGGCUCUCGCCAGAGCGGCAGCAGCACGCACAAGAUGCGGCGUGCCAUGGGGCUUGUGCAACCAGGGCAAGCUGGGGGGAAGCAGGGCAGGGCGUGGGGGCAAGCAGGGUGUGGGUCAAGCUCCCUUCCCGCAGACCCCUACCCCCUCCCUCGUCCCAGUCACUCUAUGAGGCUGGGUACGCCUCGUCCCUCCCAGGGGGUGCUGGUGGGCAGGGAAGUGAGGGAAUUCUUGGGGCAUGCCCGGCACGGCAUGAUCGCCGUGACUCGGCCGAGGAGAGAGGCAGUGCUGGCGACGGCCAAGCGUGAGUUUCGAAACGCCUUAAAAACCGCUCACCCCUCCGUUUCUUCCUCCCUCCUUCCUCUCUUCCACCCUCCCCUUUCCCCUCCCCCCCCAAUUCCCCUCCCCUCCCCCCCCCCCCUCCCUCCCCCUCCCCUCCCCCCUCUUCCCCUCCCCCCUCUCCUCCCCUUCCCCCUGCGCUGCGUCUUUCAAGGCGCCUCAGAAGGUGGGGACAGUGGUGGGCAGCGUUGCUCUCCGCCGCCGCGGAUGAGGCGCGAGCGGCAUGCUCGUGUGCUGCCUGACUCAUCCGCGCGGAGGUGCGCGCGGAGGUGUGCGCGGAGGGCAGCAAUGGUGCAAGGCAGCACUGGUGCAGGGCAGCACUGGUGCAGGGCAGCACUGGUGCAGCUGCGGCUGUGGCGGCGCGAAGGGGGAGCAGUGGACGAGAUAAGAGAGGAGGAGAUGAUUGACCUUGCUGCACUUCUCCCCAUUUGCACUUCCCGCAUCUCCCCUCCCCAUCUCCCCUCCCCAUCUCCCCUCCCCAUCUUCCCUUGCCCAUCUCCCCUCCCCAUCUCCCCUCCCCAUCUCCCCUCCCCAUCUCCCCUCCCCAUCUCCCCUCCCCAUCUCCCCUCCCCAUCUCCUCUCCCCAUCUCCCCUCCCCAUCUCCCCUCCCCAUCUCCCCUCCCCAUCUCCCCUCCCCCUCUCCCCUCCCCAUCUCCCCUCCCCAUCUCCCCUCCCCAUCUCCCCUCCCCAUCUCCCCUCCCCAUCUCCCCUCCCCAUCUUCCCUUGCCCAUCUUCCCUCCCCAUCUCCCCAUUUUCGCCUUCUCCCCCCUCCACCCUCUCCGCUUGCCCAUCCGCCUGCGCCCCCGCAAGUGGCGGUGGCAGCUGCAGAGCAAGAGGCACGGCGUCCCCAUGCACACCCCCACGCUGCACUCGCUCACGCGCUCCCACCUCACUCGCUGCACUCGCUCACGCGCUCCCACCUCACUCGCUGCACUCGCUCACGCGCUCCCACCUCACUCGCUGCACUCGCUCAUGCAAUUUCGCUGGGCGAUUGUGCUGAGAGCACAUGUGGGGGCAUAUGUGGGGCACAGCGCAGAGUCCCUCCCUCCCUCACUUAAGUCAUCCCCGCCCCGCAGAGUCCCUCCCUCCCUCACUUAA